AUGUUGGUCUUCUCAAGAGUUACAUACAUCAUCUUGUCAUUUCUUCUUUUUUCUGGAAGUUCCUUUAUAAAUCCAGCAUUUUACAGGACACCAACAGUAUGUGGAAUGUAUAGUCCUCUAGGAAUUUGUACCAGAGAGUUUUAUCCAGUCUGUGGAACCAAUGGUCAUACUUAUUUCAACAAAUGCGCUUUCUGUAUUGCAUACAGAGAAAGCAGUGGUUCCAUUAAUUUGGCACAUUAUGGUAAAUGCUGA